AUAUGGAGGAGGCUAUUUCUAAGCGGAGACUGUUGUUUUCUUUCAGCGGCUGGUGGCCUUUGAGGAGGUGGCUGUGCAUUUUGCCGAAGGGGAUUGGGACUCCUGCAUCCAGGACAAAGAGCUUGACGUCAUGCUGGAGAACUCUGGGAAUGUGGACUCUCUGGGUGAUUGGCAAGACAAUGAGAAAUAUCAGGUGCCAUCUAUGGUGUCAUCAGAAGCUACCCAGCAUGAAGAGGGGAAAGAGUUAUUUGGGAAACGAAGUGGACCCAAAUUCCAGCGGAGAAACCUGACAAUUAAUAGGAAGGAGAAAUCCUCUAUUUCUCUGGGUCCUGACACCCAUGAACUCCAGAUCUCACAAGAGGAUCAUAACGAAAAGGAAAGGAACAAGUGUGCAUUCUGUGGGAAGAUAUUCAAACAUACUUCUGGAUUAAUAAUACAUUGCAGAACUCACACGGGAGAGAAACCAUAUAAAUGUGUAGAGUGUGGAAAGAGCUUCAGUCAGAAUUCAAGCCUCACUUCACAUAAAAGGUCACACACGGGAGAGAAACCAUAUAAAUGCAUAGAGUGUGGAAAGUGCUUCAUUGAUAAGGGAACACUUACUAACCAUCAAAGAAUACAUACAGGGAAGAAACCAUAUAAAUGCAUGGAAUGUGGAAAGAGCUACACUGAAGGUGGAGCACUUAGAAGACAUCAAAGAAUACAUACAGGGGAGAAACCAUAUAAAUGCAUGUACUGUGGAAAGUGCUUCAGUCGUACUGAACCACUUAUUAUCCAUCAAAGAGCUCAUACAGGGGAGAAACCCUAUAAAUGCUUAGUGUGUGGAAAAAACUUCAGAACCUACUCGCAUCUUCUUGUCCAUCAACGAAGUCAUAGUGGAGAGAAACCAUAUACAUGCAUGGUGUGUGGAAAGAGCUUCAGUCAGAGCAAAAAUCUUACUAUCCACCAAAGAAUUCAUACAGGAGAGAAACCAUAUAAAUGCCUGGAGUGUGGGAAGUGCUUCAGUGAUAAGGGAACACUUACUGGCCAUCAUAGAACUCAUACAGGGGAAAAACCAUAUAAGUGCAUGGUGUGUGGAAAGAGCUUCAGUCGGAGCUCACAUCUUACUGGCCAUCAAAGAAUUCAUACAGGUGAGAAACCAUAUAAAUGUAUGGAUUGUGGAAAGAGCUUCAGUGACAGCGGAAAACUUCAUAAACAUCAUAAAACACACACAGGGGAGAAACCAUAUAAAUGCAUGGAGUGUGGAAAGAGCUUCAGUGAUAGUGGAACCCUUACUAUACAUCAAAGAAUUCACACAGGGGAGAAACCAUAUGAAUGCAUGGAGUGUGGAAAGUGCUUCACUCAUAGUGGAGCACGUACUAUCCAUCAAAGAACUCACACAGGGGAGAAAUCAUAUAAAUGCCUGGAGUGUGGAAUGAGCUUCAUCCAGAGCUCAAGCCUUCGUUCCCAUCAAAGAACUCACACAGGGGAGAGACCAUAUAAAUGCAUGGAUUGUGGAAAGAGCUUCAGUCAGAGCUCACAUCUUACUGGCCAUCAAAGAAUUCAUACAGGAGAGAAACCAUAUAAAUGCCUGGAGUGUGGAAGGUGCUUCAGUGAUCAUAAUGCAUUUACUGUCCAUCAAAGAAGUCAUUCAGGAGAGAAACCAUACAAAUGCCUGGUGUGUAGAAUGAGCUUCAUCCAGAGUUCAAGCCUUCGUUCCCAUCAAAGAACUCAUACAGGGGAGAAACCAUAUAAAUGCAUGGAGUGUGGAAAGUGCUUCAGUUACAGCUCAAGCCUUAGUUCCCAUCAAAUAACUCACACAGGGGAGAAACCAUAUAAAUGCAUGGAGUGUGGAAAGAGCUUCAGUCAGAGCAGAAGUCUUACUGUUCAUCACAGAAGUCAUACAGGAGAGAAACCUUAUAAAUGCAUGGAGUGUGGAAAGUGCUUCAGUGAUCGUAGGACAUUUACUGUACAUCGAAGAACUCAUACAGGGGAGAAACCAUAUAAAUGCAUGGAGUGUGGAAAGAGCUUCAGUCACAGCUCAAGCCUUCGUUCCCAUCAAAUAACUCAUACAGGAGUGAAACCAUAUAAAUGCCUGGAUUGUGGAAUGUGCUUCAGUGAUAGUAGAACACUUACUGUCCAUCACAGAACUCACACAGGGGAGAAACCAUAUAAAUGCAUGUUGUGUGGAAAGUGCUUCAAUGAUAGUAAAACACUUACUGUCCAUCACAGAACUCACACAGGGGAGAAACCAUAUAAAUGCAUGGUGUGUGGAAUGUGCUUCAGUAGUAGUAAAACACUUACUGUCCAUCAAAGAACUCACACAGGGGAGAAACCGUAUAAAUGCAUGACAUGUGGAAAGAGCUUCAGUCGGAGCUCACAUCUUACUGGCCAUCAAAGAAUUCAUACAGGAGAGAAACCAUAUAAAUGCCUGGAGUGUGGAAGGUGCUUCAGUGAGCGUAAAACACUUACUGUCCAUCACAGAAUUCACACAGGGGAGAAACCAUAUAAAUGCAUGGAGUGUGGAAAGUCCUUCAGUGAUGGUAGAACACUUACUGUCCAUCACAGAACUCAUACAGGGGAGAAGCCAUAUAAAUGCAUGGAGUGUUAA